ACCAAAAAAAAAGGGGGGGAGGGUGUUGCCAAAGAUUAUCACCAGUACGAAAUCAUGUUUGCAGAAUUACGACGCAUGAAUGCGCGACAGGUCGCGCUGCAAGUGAUGAACAUUUUGACGAUUGUGUCGACAGCACUCAUGAUUUGGAAAGGACUUGCGCUUGCUCUCAACACAGAAAGCCCCAUUGUGGUUGUAUUAAGUGGAAGUAUGCGACCUGGGUUUGACCGCGGCGACUUGCUAUUACUGUCGUUGCCACAAAAGGAUCCCAUCGAUGUCAAUGAUAUCUGUGUGUUCAAACUGCCUGGACGUGAUGUGCCGAUUGUCCAUCGGGUGAUCAAGUUACAUGACGAUGCGGCUACGGGAAAGCAGAUGCUGUUGACCAAAGGUGACAACAACACGAGAGACGACCGUGGAUUGUACGACUAUAAACAGAUGUGGAUCCAUCGUGAGCACGUCGUAGGCAAAGUGAAAGGAUUUGUGCCGUAUGUCGGGAUGCUGACUAUCCUUAUGAACGAUUAUCCUUGGCUCAAGUUUGCAUUACUCGGUGUUAUUGGACUGUUUGUUCUUGUCCAUCGAGAGUAGAAUCAAUAAACGUCUUUCUUUUGUUCUUGAUUACGUAUGCUUUUUGGUGUGG